AUGACAUCUCUCCCACCCCAGUACGAGAUUCGCGUUCUUGGACCAGAACAUGAAGAAUGGGCUCGCGCAAUUUGCAUUCAUACAAAUUUAUUCCACUCCCCACUCUGGCCGGUUGUUUAUCCCGAGAACAAAACCCAGCGGGCCUACCAGACAUUUCGCGCUUCGCAAUAUUUAAUGAAGCACCAGAUCGAUUCAGGGAAAUCACUUGGUAUCUUCGACAAAGACUACCAAUACAAGCGACCCGGGUCUGCGGCCACUGGCGGCAAGCUGUACUGGAAUCUGGAUGAUGAGAAUGCCACCGAAAGUGAGCUUGCGGAGCAGAUGGACUUCCCACUAGUCUCAAUUGCCAUGGCCUACGAUGGCAUCGACGAGUUAGACAUGGCCCAGAUCAAACCUCUGAUAGAAAAACUGCCCUUGUUCGAAACACUCUACCACUCCCUGGAGGAGCUAGAUCAGCGCGAUCCUGCAUCGUGGAAGCCCACUGCCCGCGGACAAGUCCUGAUGCGCAACGCUACCAACACUGUCCGAUCUUAUUCCGGUCAUGGGCUUAUGAGGCUGCUCGCUGAAGAGAUGAUGAGACGUGCGGCAGCUGAAGGGUUCCGGGGUAUCCAAAUCGAGAGUAUUUCUCCGGCCGUGCAGAAGGUGUGGUCGAACCCGCCGUCACCGUUCAAAGGGACUAUCAUCAGCCAGUUUCACACGACAACUUUCGAAAAGAAGAACGAGUCAGGGGAGGUUUUGUAUCCGUUCCGACCGGCAAAUGUGAACAUCUCCAAAAUCUUUGUCGACCUCCGAUCUUAA